CGUUUGUGUCCAACAUGGUUCGAUUUAUUUCUGCUGCUGGUGUCGCGCUGGCGUUGGCGACCAGCACCCGCGCUCAUACUCUUCCCCUGUCCCAUGGCAUGUCGCAAUUGAGCCAGCGGGAUCUGGCCAAGACAGCGCUCCUGGACAACUUCGAUGCCCUCACCGCAGACCCUUCCCGCAUCCCGCCGAUAGUAAAAGGCUCCGCAACCAAGUGGGAUGCUGGACGGUACCCUCAGAACUGCUACGACAAAGCGCGAGAAGCCAUCAGUGACACCGAUGCGCGCCCCAAAUGCCAACUCCAAGAUCUGGAGAUCUACGACGUCACGUAUGAGGACUGCCCGUCCGGCCGUGAUCCCUGGAUUCUGUGCCGCUGCUCAAACGCCGAGCUCAGCCUGCAAGACACUAUCGACGGCAUGGGCACUGUGCCGCCCGGAGCACGCAGCAAUGUUCUUCAUAUCGUGACAAUGAACGGCUUUGGUGGUGGUGGUGGCUACUCGGAUGGGAACAGCAUCUUCUGCGGCGGCGCGCCCAGCAAGACAUGGUUCAGCCACGAGUCGAUGCACUGCAACGACCGCGACGGCUUCGCCUUUUCCAACGGUGACGUCUUUAACAACGCCAUCAACGCGGAUUCCUGCGUUCCCGAUAGCUACGCGAACAACAACCCGACCGAGGACUUUGCACAGGUCGGGACGUAUCUCAACUACGACAUCAAUGGGCAUCCGAUUGACUACACAGGCAAGGAUGCGAGCUGCAUGGGCAACCAAUUGAACGCCGCGAGGGCCUACCUUGCGGAGCGCCUCGAUAAGGGCGGCGCGUGCUUCAAUGCGCCGGGAACUGAUGGGACUGUCAAUGGGAAGAGGAGUAUGAGUAUCGUGGAGAGGGAUCCGAACUCUGCAUAUGAGACGUUGCUACCGCACACGCCUUAUGCUCACGCCGAGUUCUUCUAGGCAGGAUGCGGUUUUCGGGGUGUGAUGUAUGAAUGAUGUCGUUCUCUUCUUGUCGUUUAGAUACCAC